AUGGCACGCUCAGCAACAGACGCAACGAGAUUCACAUCGACGACCCCACACGCUGCUACAAACCCAAAACCUGUAUCGAGAAAUCCAGGACCACCAGGAGAAACGCCACAACAAAGAGUUAAGAGGUUAAGAGCUGCGGCAGAUAGAGCGAGAGAUGCACAAACUUCAACAUUUGAUAAGUUGAUUAUGAGGGGAAGAGUGUGGGCAGAUAGGGCGCAUAGAUUUACAGCAUUUAGUUUGAUUGGAAUUACUUUUAUUGCCGGUGGCGUCACAGUCUAUGCAUUGGGAGAUAUGAUGGUAUACAACCGCAAAAAGCGCGCCGAAUUCUUUGCCGAACAGAAGUUUAAAUAUGCCAUGGCACUCCAGAGUGCACAAGAAGCCGCAGCAUUUGGCUCUGCAACCGAAUCACAAACAGAAUUUUUGAAAAGAGAACAAGAGCGGGAAGAUAAGGUCAAGAUGGUUGCAGAGGCCAAAAAGAAUAAAUCAGGACCAUGGAAGAAGAGUAAGGAAUGGUUAUUCUCGGGCUUGAAGAAGGAGGAAGAGGGAGAUGAUGUGGGAACUAGUGAGAGAAGAUUGGGAUAUGAGGCACUGAGUGAAGAAGAUGAUGGUUUCGGAGCAAGAGAAAGUGAUGUUCUAAGGGCAAUUGAGGAGAAAAAAAUGGCAAUAAAAGAUAAGACGAAGUCUGCACUUGAGGCGGAGAAAGAGAGGCAAAGAAAAGGUGGCCCGCUAGAUAGGAUGGGGACUGAAGGGGAAGAAGAGAAGCCGAAGUCUGGUGCUAGUGCGAAUAAUCCGGGAUCUAAUGCUCUAGGGUUUGUCGAAUAUCGAGAUCAAUGUGCUAAAGCUUUCUGUCUCAAAAUCUCAAGAUCAUACCAAAGAAACAAAACUUUGGAAAUAUACCAGGAGAAGCAUAGACCAGCUGAAGACCAGCAUAACAACAAUCCAGGAGAAUCAUUCAUUCUUUUGAGUCUCGGAACACACGAUUGUGCCGAAGUCAAAAGGCCCCUUUUAUAG